AUGAGGUCUGAUUUUAAAUUCUCUAAUUUACUGGGUACCGUUUAUAGAAAGGGUAACAUUAUAUUUUCAAGUGAUGGAAAACAACUAUUAUCGCCUGUAGGUAAUAGAAUUUCUGUUUUUGAUUUAAUAAACAACAAAUCUUUCACAUUUGAGUAUGAACACAGGAAAAAUAUUGCAUGUUUUGAUUUAAAUAGACAAGGAACUUUACUUUUGUCUGUAGAUGAUGAUGGUAGGGCCAUUUUAGUUAAUUUCAAAUCCAAAAAUGUUUUACAUCAUUUCAAUUUUAAAGAUAAGUGUUAUCAAGUGAAAUUUAGUCCCGAUGGAAAAUUAUUUGCCUUAGCUGCCGGUAGAUUUUUACAAAUUUGGAAGACACCAGAAGUUACACAAGAUAGACAAUUUGCUCCAUUUGUUCGUCAUAGAGUUCAUGCCGGCCAUUUUCAAGAUAUCACUGGAAUCACUUGGUCAUCAGAUUCUAGAUUUAUUUUAACCUCGUCUAAGGAUUUGACUUCUAGGAUAUGGUCAAUAGAUUCUUCGGAGAAAGAUUUAGCCUCUACGACUUUUGCAGGUCAUAGGGAUUAUGUCAUGGGUGCAUUUUUCAGUUCAGAUCAGGAAAAGAUUUAUACAGUUAGUAAAGAUGGGGCCCUGUUCAUAUGGGAAUUUACUCCAAGACAAGAAGACAUUAAGUUAGCAGAGGCCAACGAUGAAGAAGUUGAUAUAUCUAAGUAUAGCUGGAGAAUUUCUCAAAAACAUUUCUUUUUCGCAAAUCAAGCUAAAGUGAAAUGUGUCACAUUUCAUCCGCAAUUUAAUAUUCUGGUUGUUGGUUUCAGUAACGGUGAAUUUCGUUUAUAUGAAUUACCUCAUUUCACAUUAAUUCAACAACUAUCAAUGGGUCAAAAUCCCAUCAACACUGUUGUUAUUAAUAAUACUGGUGAAUGGUUAGCCUUUGGGUCUAGUAUGUUGGGUCAACUAUUAGUAUAUGAAUGGCAAUCAGAAUCUUAUAUUUUGAAACAACAAGGUCAUUUUGAUGCUACCAAUUGUCUAACCUAUUCACCAGAUGGAUCUCGAGUAGUGACUGCCUCUGAUGACGGUAAAAUCAAAGUAUGGGAUAUUGUAUCAGGAUUCUGUUUAGCUACAUUUGAUGAACAUACAUCUUCUGUUACACAAGUACAAUUUGCUAAAAAGGGACAAGUUCUUUUUUCUGCUUCUUUGGAUGGUACAGUUAGAGCAUGGGAUCUUAUUAGAUAUAGAAAUUUCAGAGUUUUCACUGGCAUAGAUAGAAUUCAAUUCACUUCAUUAGCCGUUGAUCCAUCUGGUGAAGUGGUAUGUGCUGGUUCAAUGGACAACUUUGAUAUUCAUGUAUGGUCUGUUCAAACUGGUCAAUUAUUAGAUACAUUAUCUGGUCAUGAGGGGCCUGUAUCAUGUUUAGUGUUUAGCCAAGAAAAUAGUGUUUUAGCAUCUGCAUCAUGGGAUAAAACAAUUAGAAUAUGGUCCAUCUUUGGCAGAAGUCAACAAGUAGAACCAAUUGAAGUAGCAUCAGACGUCCUAUCUUUAACUAUUAGGCCUGAUGGGAAACAGCUUGCAGUUUCCACAUUAAAAGGUCAAAUAACAAUAUUUGAUGUUGAAAGUGGGCAACAAGUUGGUAAUAUUGAUUGUAAAAGAGAUAUAAUUUCAGGAAGGCAUUUAGAAGAUAGGUUUACAGCUAAAAAUUCAGAAAGAGCUAAAUUUUUCACAACUAUUAAUUAUAGUUUUGAUGGGUUAGCUAUCGUAGCCGGUGGUAAUAAUAAUUCUAUAUGUUUAUAUGAUGUACCAAAUGAGGUGUUAUUAAAAAGAUUUAUUGUUUCCAAAAAUAUGACAAUUAAUGGGACUCAAGAAUUUUUAAAUAGUAGUAGAAUGACUGAGGCAGGCUCUUUAGAUCUAAUAGAUGAAACAGGUGAUAAUUCUGAUUUAGAGGAUCGUAUAGAUAACACUUUGCCAGGAUCCAGAAGAGGUGCUGAUCUUUCUACAAGAAGGGUUCGUCCAGAGAUUCGAGUCACUUCAGUUCAAUUUUCACCAACAGCAUCUGCUUUUGCCGCUGCUUCUACAGAAGGUUUGUUAAUUUAUUCUGCAGAUCAAGUGGAACUGUUUGAUCCAUUUGAUUUAGAUGUUGAUGUGACUCCAGAGAGCACAUUAGAGUGUCUGAAAGACAAGGAGUACUUAAACGCUUUUGUAAUGUCAUUUCGGUUAAACGAAGAGUAUCUAAUUAAUAGAGUAUAUGAAGAAAUACCACUAUCUGAGAUUCCGUUAGUUGCUGCUAAUAUUCCUGUUGUUUAUCUUCCUAGAAUCCUUAAGUUUAUUGGUUCUUUUGCUAUGGAAUCACAACAUAUUGAAUUUAACUUAUUCUGGAUCAAACAACUUUUAUUAGCUCAUGGUGCAUAUAUUCAAAACAAUAAACAUUUUUUUGCAGCGUCUAUGAGAUCUGUACAAAGAUUUAUUGGUAGAAUUGCUAAAGAGGUAGUUUCUGCUAGUACAGAAAAUAAGUAUAGUUACCAAUUUUUGACAUCUACAGAUGGCGUUGUAUUUGGUGAUGAAGAUAAAGAAGAUAAUUUAGAGGCACAAAAGAAAGCAUUUGAUAAUGAUUUAGACUUACAGGAUGAAGAUAUUAUGUCAGAUAAGGAUGAGGAGGAUGAAGGCUGGGUUGGAUUCAGUGAAAAAGUGAGUAAAUUACCAUUAAACAUGGAUAAUAAUGAUAACAGUUCAGAAGACGAAUUAUUAUAG